CGAGAGCUUUCCUACUUUCGGUUUUUUUUUCCCGUGAAGUUUGCCCAGCCCCCAGGGGAAGGAAGGAGAAAAGACGGAGAAUAAUAAAUAAAAAAAAGCCAUAGAGAGAAAAAAAGGAGACGUUGGUCUUCUUUUCUACUUUUGUUUGGAUUACAGGGAGGGGAGACGUCAGGAUUCCAGAUACUGCUCAGAUUCAAAGAAGGCGGUCGUAUCGAUUUGGAUUCGCUCUUUCUCCAUCUUAAAUUCCUUCUCCACGUGAAAGUUUUUACCGAGGACCUGAGGGGGAAAAAUCUCUCCUUUAUCUCAAUCAUUUUGGAGAAGAGAGAGAGGCCGAGGGGAUUAAGGGGAGGGGGGGACGGUAGGAUUCCAGAUACUGCUCGGAUUCAAAGAAGGCGAGCGUAUCGAUUUGGUUUCGCUCUUUCUCCAUCUUUAAUCUCUUCUCUACGUGAAAGUUUUUACCGAGGACCUGAGGGGGAAAAAUCUCUCCUUCAUCUCAAUCUUGUUGGAGAAGAGAGAGAGGCGCCGAGGGGAUUAAGGGGAGGGGGGGCGUUAGGAUUCCAGACUACUGCUCGGAUUCAAAGAAGGCGAGCGCAUCGAUUUGGAUUCGCUCUUUCCCGUCUUAAUCCCUUCUCUACGUGAAAGUUUUUACCGAGGACCUGUGGGGGAAAAAUCUCUCCUUUAUGUCAAUCUUUUUGGAGAAGAGAGAGAGAGGCCGAGGGAAAGAUAUCUCCUAGUUCAUUUCAUUCGUUUGGAGAAGAGAAAGGAAACGAGGAGAAAAAUCUCUCCUUUAUCUCAAUCUUUUGGAGAAGAGAGAGGGACUCAGGAUAAAAAAUCUCUCCUUUAUAUAUUCUCUUGGAGAAGAGAGAGGAACAGAGGGGAAAAUCCUUUCCUUUAUCUUAAUCUUUUGAAGAAGAGAGAAGGAUAAGGGAGAGGUUGAGUAGAACAACGAUGGAAGAGGUGGCUACGAGCAAGUUCAAGAGGAUUUGCGUCUUCUGUGGCAGCAACUCUGGCAACCGAACCAUCUUCAGCGAUGCAGCUCUUGAUUUGGGUCACGAACUGGUGAAGAGAAGAAUUGAUCUGGUUUAUGGUGGUGGGAGUGUGGGACUGAUGGGUUUGGUCUCUCAGACAGUAUAUGAUGGAGGUUGCCAUGUCCUUGGGGUUAUUCCUAAGGCUCUCAUGCCCCUUGAGAUAUCUGGCCAAACCGUCGGUGAAGUAAAAACUGUUUCUGACAUGCAUGAGCGUAAGGCAGAAAUGGCUCGAAAAGCAGAUGCAUUCAUUGCCCUUCCUGGUGGAUAUGGAACAAUGGAAGAAUUGCUGGAGAUGAUAACAUGGUCACAACUCGGAAUCCAUAGUAAAACGGUUGGGCUGUUAAAUGUUGAUGGUUACUACAAUUCCUUGCUUGCACUAUUUGACAAUGGGGUGGAGGAAGGUUUCAUAAAACCAGCUGCUAGACACAUAGUUGUUUCUGCUCCAACCGCAAAAGAACUGCUAACAAAAAUGGAGGAAUAUACUCCAUUGCACCAAGAAGUUGCUCCUCGUAAGAGCUGGGAGAUCGGACACCUAGGUUACUCAAAGGCACCAAGUCCAUGACAUCUUGAUCCUUCUCAAUAUCAUUUCUUUCCAACCUAAUGUGAUUCUUUCUUUAACAAUUGUAUCUGAGAAGCCUCAUGCAUGGGCAUAACUGUUUAUGGGAUGUGUUUCUUAUAUCAUCCAAUGAUAUCCUAAUAAAAUUAUCGUUGCCUUCUUUAUUUUUUCA